UGUUAGCCGAGGCUGAGGAGCAGCACCAUCUGAGCUGAAUCACAGCCACAUCUCUCCCUACAUUGAAGAGGUCUUGUGAUUGGCCGUCCAUGGAACAUAAGCUGUCUGAGGACUGAAAGAUGCUGCGCAUAGGCAUGCACAGGAUGGACGGUCACUCAGAUAUGCGCCUACAGCUGACAGGCCAACAGCCAUCAGACAGGAUGUCGUACGGGUCCAUUGACGGGGGCUCUUUUGGCAGUCGCAACCCGUUCGGAGGUCCUACGAGGCAGGGCUACCAGCCAGUGGCCACUCAGGUCAGCCCUUCAGAACUGCAAGAUGUGUUCCAGGAGACCUCCUCCAAUAUCUUCCAGAUCAACGCCAAUGUUGUCACACUGGAGAAUAAUCUUCAAUCACUGGGGACAUCUAGAGAUACAGAAGAGCUACGACUGAGUCUACACUCCAUGCAGCAACAAACGAACAAAGUGAUCACCAGCACCAGCCAACUCAUCAAACAGCUCUCUGAUAUAAUCAGCAGCUCUUCACGGCAAGACCGUCUGCACCUGACUAGACUAAAGACUGAACUCUCAGAGUCUGUGCAGCGCUACGGGGAUCUGCAGAAGAAAAUUGCGGAGCGUUCAAGGGCCCUGCUGCCUCCAGCACAGAGAGACAAGAAGAGUCCUCAGACCCAGUCCACUGAGCAGAUCGAGGAGGUUUCUCUGUUUGGAGAAGCAGUGGGUUCAGAUGGAGGAGCUCAAGCUUUCUUGUCUGAGAUCAGUGAGGAGGACGUGGAGGUGCUUCACCAAAGAGAGGAGGCCCUGCUGCAGAUCGAAAGAGAUAUGCUGGACGUAAGUCAAAUCAUGAAGGAUCUGGCCUGUAUGGUCCAUGAACAAGGCGACGCAAUAGACAGCAUUGAAGAUUACAUCCAGACUGCAUCAUCCAACGUGGAAUCCGCCAAUCAGGAGCUUGCGAAGGCCAACCAAUACCAGAGGCAGCUGAGGAAGAGAAAGUGCUACCUCCUGGUGGCCGGAGCCAUCGCCCUCACCAUCCUCAUCAUCAUCAUAGCUGUUUCAGUAAGGAAAUGAGAGCGGCCACUGUGGUAGCUGCUGUCAUUACCGUGUCACUGCGGUGCUCCUGCCCUGUCUGAUCCCUGACCUGAGCAGCUGGUUUCCAGUAGGGGGGGGUGCCCUGCAACUACAUAUCCUCCAUAAUCCAUGCCUCUGUUUACGUGUGCCCAGUCUGGGGAUACAGGCCUCUCUCAGCAUGAGAGCUGCUCUAUCAAAAUCAGUCACAAGUGGAGAUUCUUAGCUUUCCAAUGAUAUCCUUGUUUGUUUUUCCUUAAAUAAUCAGCAAAAAAUAUUUCACAUACCAGGUAACUGUUACCAAGACAGGAGGCUGAGAAAAAGGCCUUCAAAGUUUGCAGACAACAUUUAAAAAGAGGGCACAGGGGUUAAUAUGUUGGGGGCAUAGUACCCCUUGGCCUCCCCUUAGGACCACCUCUGGAUAAGCUGUGAUUCUGAAAUCUUUGUUUGUCACUGUUGAAUUGUGUAGGUUCUCUCGCGUCCCAGGAGAGAAGCUUAACAUAAAGAGACUAAUGGAGUCUCGAAAAGGUUCAAAUUGGUUACUUUAAUUAAGUAGCGUGGUAAUGAAACAAACAGAAGAGUUGGAGGAGACAGAGCAGCUGUUUGUCUCGCAGUGGCUCCGGUCGGAAGCGUGAGCACAAAGCUCCGUCACCUCUCUAUAUAUUCUUGUCAUUUGACUCCUCCUCUUCAAUGGCGGCCGGAGACGCAGGGGAUCCACCCGCCUCGGUCUUCUAUGUCCGAUAUCGCGUAAAACAUGAGGAUUUAGACGUUGUGUAUUCAUUGCAUCACUUCACACGCCUUUUCUCCUUAUUCACUCUUUCAUGACUUUUUAUUUAAUGCGUUUUAACGGCUGUAAUCGAUGUUAUCGUAAAACCGGAAGUGGUCAUUGUUGUCAACGGCAACGUCUUUCAAUACAGCUUUUCAAAGUAAACUUUAACCGGAACUGUUUUCAGAAUAAAACAGCUUUAAACUUACUGUUUGUUUAAGCUAAAUUACGUCAUUCAAUAUUGAUUUUAAUUUCUAACAUCACCAAAGCUUGUUAGCAGGCUGUCCCUCUCAUGAUGUGCAACAGAUCAUGGAGAUGCACCCGUGGGCUAACUCAUUUUUAAUCUAUUAGCAUCGAGGACCAGGAUGUUUAUUUUCCUCGGCCAGAGGAGUGAAACACAUGGCCUGUUGUAAUGCCUAAUGCUCAGUCCGAUAUUUUCAAUCAUUGAUUCCGUAUUUAUCAUCUGAAUUCGGCUAUAAUAUUCUAAUAUUCUGAAAAGCCAUGCUUUUAUUUAUAUUUAAGAUCAGAUGACCACCCCCUGUCCCGGACCCGGUCGUGUUACUGUCAGCCUGUCAUUUAAUAUUUCAGGGAGGCUGAUCAGAGUGAGAGGAGACAGUGAUCGCUGAAGUUGACACCCUGUUUUUACAAGCUUCAGAAAAGUAUUCAUCGUCUGAAUAUGAUACGACAAGUUCGAUAUUCUGAAGACUUUGUUUAGAAUCAACCAAAAACCCAAUGUGCGACAUCCGACUGAUUUGGAUAGAGCGGGUCACAUAUGUCAAGAGUGAGAUCCAUCUUUUUUUUCUUUGUCAUUGAUGGUUUCUGUGAAUCAAAUCUCAUCAUCAAACUUGAAGAAACAACUGAAUUUAGGGUCUGGGGGCCUGAGGUGUGUUGUUGUCUCGGAGGACCCCUGUGGCUGGUGACUAAUGCUCGAGCUUCCUCUACAGCAGGAGAUUCAGGGCGAGACAGCUUCAGCAUCACACUCUUCACUGCUGUACAACAUGCUUUGUUUCUUUAAAUGUAUUUUUACUGAAAUGGACAUUUUUAUCUUGUCAUGUAAUUUACAUCAGUAUUUUAUUUUAGCGUUUGUUGAUAUUGGUAAAUAUCGUUUGAGCAAAUACUGUUAUCUUCCCAAAUAAAAGUCUAAGUUCAACAGCA